UUCUCAAAGAUCUGCAAAAACAGAAAGCUUUCAUUUCUCUCUUGAAAAACGCUUUCCCUUUCUGUAGAGUCAUGACCGACUCUGUCGAGCCACCGUCCACGACUGCCGGCGAACCUAAUCCUUCCUCAAGUCUGAAUCCGAAUUCUUUAAUUCACCCUCGUCGAGAGCCUUUUGAGCACGGUCUUCUCCCAAUCCCCAAGCUCAUCUUUCCUGACCCCACACAAACGCUGACCCAACUCAGGCAAAAACUCGUUUCGCAUCCCCGUGUUGAUUCAGCAACUCUCGCUGACUCGCUUCAGAUCUCCACCGACCAUGCUAGGCUCGUUCUUGACACUCUCGCCUCGGUUUUACACUCCGAAUGCGACCCACUUGUCAAGGCCCAACCGGGAGAUAUUGAUUCGGUUGGAGCGGAUUUGCAUGAUCUGAUUCUGUUUCUGUAUAUACAAUCGUAUAAGAGGCUGUUGCCAAGAACGCAUAAGGAUUCUGCUGCCGUGGCCGAUGUGUGGCCCUCCACCUCAGCUUUCGAUGGGUACUUGUCGGCUUUAUCGCCGCUUCAGCUUGUGCGUAGCAAUAGCCGCCGGUUUAUGCCAUCACAGGCUGAUGAAGAGGCUCAUCAGUUAUCCUAUCUGCAGAAGCACAUGGCUAACAUCCUCUCUCUUUUGGCAGAACCCGUGGAAGGAGAAGGCGAAGAGUCUCUGGUUUUGGCCAUGGAAGGAUUUGAGCACCUUGGAUUUCUGAUUCAAUUUGGUGAUAAGGGAUCUGAAGGAGUUCUAUUAAGUCAAGCUGCUCCAUUUUUUGCCAAUUCAGAUCCUGACAUGCCUGCUGUUCCCGUUCCUGCUGCACAAGUCCAUGACUGGAUUACACAGAAUAUAGCCUCUGCUUUGGAACAUAUCACUGAAAGACUUUCUGCAAAAGAAAAUGGGCAACCCAGUGCCUCUGAUCCUGAUGUUGCCAUGGCUGAUGCCUGUGCAAGUUCACUUAAGGCCUCACCAAGUGCUAGGGGAUCAUGUUUUAUUGAGGGGAUCUCUAAAUCUUCAUAUGUAAAGCAAGCAUCAGAUCUUAAAGGUUCUUCGGUGAAGGUUUUGAAUUGCCAUGAUUCUGUAAUUUAUAUCUUGGCACCCUUGAGAUAUGCCACAAUCUAUGGAUGCUCCGAUGCUACUAUAGUUCUAGGAGCUGUAGGCAAGGCUGUAAGGAUUGAGCAUUGCGAGCGAGUUCAUGUGAUUACAGCAGCAAAACGAGUCUGUAUUGCCAAUUGUCGUGAGUGCAUGUUCUUUCUGGGGGUAAACCAGCGGCCGCUUAUGGUUGGUGAUAAUCAUAAGUUGCAGGUGGCACCUUAUAAUACAUAUUACUCAGAGUUGGAGGAGCACAUGGCUGAAGUGGGCAUUGAGUCAACUAUCAACAGAUGGGAUGAUCCCUUGGCCUUGGGGGUGGUUGAUCCACACGAUUCGUUAUCUCAUCCGGCAGGAGUCUCUGAUGUUCAAACUGAGUCAGCUACACGUCUCGACCCUGAUCAAUUCACAAAUUUUCUGAUUCCAAAUUGGUUUGGCCGUGAAUCUUCUGGGUCAACAAAAGAUAAUCCAUUUCCAUUGCCAGAAGCUUACUUGUCAUCUCAGCAGAGAAAUCAAAAGAAUUUGGGGGAGAUAAAGCAAUUGUUGAGGGAAGCUCCUCUUGAAGAAAAUCGAAAGCGGGAACUAUCCUGUGCACUGCAUCUAUUAUUCAAGGAUUGGUUAUAUGCUUCAGGCAAUAUCCGUCAGCUUUACUGCCUACAAGGUGAUUGAUGUUGAAUGAUGAAGGCAUGGCGGAACUGAAGAUUGUAACAGAAGGAAGCUUUCAGGCGUUCUUUCUGUUGCAUCCCCAUUUUUAUUGGUACUAGAGACUGCUGAGACUCAUCACUAUGUACUUUGGAAUCGUACACAUUUGACUGAUGACAGUGGUGCACAGAAUACAUUGUUUUCGCUAAUCUCAUUGUAAUAUUUUUUGGAAAGGAGAAAUCUUGCUGUAGUAUUUAUUAACCUAGGUUCACAAUCUUGUGAAUUUUUCCCACCUCUUUUUUCUCUUCUUUUCUUUUUUUUGUUUUUUUUUUUUUUUAGCCUCCCUCGUGAAAAAUUUAAAUGUUGAAUUUUUUUUAGUUAUCCUUUCAAGUUUUGCCUAUUGAUUGAUUGUUAAUAUUUUUGAUGAA